AUGGAAGAGGACGAAAUCCUCGUUCGUGUGAGAUGUGUGGGGAUCAAUCCUGUUGACGUCAAGAUUCUCGAUAUGUCACCAGUUGUUGGGGCGACUGCCGGUUGCGAGUUUGCAGGCGAUGUGGCUAAGAUUGGCCCCUUGGUCAAGAAUAAUCGGCUCAAAGUCGGUACCCCAGUGUUUGGCUGUGUCUUGGGGAACAAUGUGGAUCGUCCGAGCAAUGGGGCGUUUGCCGAGUAUGUGGCCGCGACAGGGGAUCUAGUCUUUGUGCUCCCCAGUCAUUUGUCGUACCAACAAGGUGCUACGCUUGGUGCUGCACUUCCUACAGUGGGCAUGGCACUUUACCAUGCAUUGCGCCUCCCACCACCAUAUUUCAACAAGGCUGGGGGAGCCUGUGAAACGAGGGAAGCCGCUGCCGUGACACCCGUUAUCAUGUCCCCGAAGCCUAUGCAAGGGGGGAGACCAUCACCGGAAAAAUCCAAAGUUGCUCCGAAAUACGUGCUUGUUUACGGCGGAAGCACGGUCUGUGGUGCUAUAGCCUUGCAGAUGAUCCGCAAAUCGGGCUUUGUGCCAGUUUGCACUUGUUCUCCACGCAACUUCGACAUGGUCAAGGCACGCGGAGCGCAGGCGGUCUUCGAUUACCAGUCUCCCAGCUGUGCUGAUGAUAUAAAACGGUACACCGCUGACUCUCUCGCCUAUGCACUCGACUGUAUUGCUGAUGUUGGUUCCAUGAGAAUCUGUUAUGCAGCUAUGGGGCACCUCGGUGGUAGAUACAUGGGGCUGAACCCAUUCCCUGUGCGUGCCCACACACGCCGUGACAUACAACCCGACUACAUCCUGGUAUAUACCAUGUUUGGAAAGGCCAUAAACUUACCCAGGCCGUUUGGAAGACCAGCACGCCCCAGGGAUCUAUCUUUUGCCGAGGACUGGUGCCACAGUGUACAGGCUAUCCUUGACUCACCCGGACAGAUAUAUCCACACCCGGUAGAGGAAGGCAUGCAUAAUCUAUAUGGUGUGAUUAAUGGCCUCGACAGAGUGCGGAAAGGCGAUAUGAGCGGAGUAAAGUUAGUGUACAAUAUCUCAAUCUGA